UUAUGUAUUAUCAAGAAAUUUUUAGGAUGUGCCAAUUCACCAAUUCUUUCUGUACCAGUUUUCUUAUUCCUGCAAAAGUUUUUAUAACAAUUUGUUUAUCAUUGGCGAUUACUGAAUUUGUUCUGAGAAAAGAUUUAGCAACUUUUUUCCUAAUCUUAAUGAACAUCCAGAGUUUAUUCAUUAAUCACACAACUGGACAACGACUCACUACGGCGACUGCUAAUGUGGCGGAUGCUGUUUAUAAUUUAAAUUGGUAUGAUGCGGAUGUAUCAACACGAAAAGAUGUUUUAAUUUUGCUCGGUAUGAGUCAAAAGGCAAUCAAAGUGGAGUUACCUUUCUUUCGGGAAUUCUCGCACGCGGCGGCGGCAAAUGAAUGCAAAAAAGUGUACAUUUUCUUCAAUUGGAUAUUAACUGUUUUGAAAAAAAGAAACUUUUAAACAUAAAUUAAACGUUAAUUAUAAUGAUAUAUUAAAAUUUAUCCACGUGCAACAAUCAAUUUCAAGUUUGAAACGAUCGCACUAACUAAAUUAUUUUAUUUCCACAAAAACAAGGAGA